GUUUUUUUCUUUACCGUCUUACUGUUCUUACCGCUUUCAACAUGCCUUUCUCCAAAGUUUCCAAAAUCCACCUGGCGACUAUCAACCAGAUGAAAACACUCAUCAAGCUUUCUCACGCUGACGCCCACGCCAGUUCUUUGAUCGUGGAGGCUGCGCCGAAAUUUAACGUGAUGACGAAAUUGAAGCGCGAUUCCAUUGCCAAGAUGGAAAACCGCAAGCUCGCCGAUGAGUUCGAAGCCUUGAAGGCAGAGGUGCAAGACCAAAUUGAGUUCGCUGAACUUUGUGCCGCUUCUCCCCCCGUCCGUUCGCCCGUUGUUGCGCCCGCUUCUGUGGCUUCUUUCGUUCCUUCGCCCGUUGCCGUGGCUGCUCUUACUCCCUCUUCUCCUGUGGCUGCCUUUGUGCCCAAUUCUUUCCCGGUGUCCGUUUCCGCGUCUGUGCCCGCGUUGGUUUCCUCUGCUGCGGCCGUGCCUUCCCUUGCCGCCUUUUCCAUUGCUGUGCUUGCUCCCGUGUCUGUCCCCACUUUCUGUUCCCGCUGGUGCUCUUUUCGGCCAGCAGUCGAAAAUCAAGAACAACAGCAGCAACGUUUCUUUGAUGAAGAAACCCAACAAGAAUACAUCGACGAUCCCAUGGACGUCGAUCAUCCAGACGAGUUGGUCGACUGGAUGGACGCUCAUCAUUAGACGUCCAUCCAGGAUGCCUUACAGUACCAUUCGCAAAGCCAAAGGCAACAAAAAAAUGAUGAUCGACGUCCAUACCUUUUGUU